AUGGCAGAAGCUCACCAGGCGGUGGCCUUCCAGUUCACCGUCUCUCCCGAUGGCAUCGACCUGCACCUGUGCCACGAAGCCCUACGCCAGGUAUACCUGUCCGGCCUCCACUCCUGGAAGAAAAGAUUCAUCCGCUUCAAGAAUGGGGUGAUGACUGGUGUGUACCCGGGCAGCCCGGGGGGGUUCAUGGUGGUGGUGGUGUCCUACAUGUCCUACAACAAGUACAAGCAGCUGGAUCCAUCCCUGGGGUUGAUUGAAAAGUUAGGCCAACACUUACCCAUCAGCCAGUACAUGUCCACAGAUAGUCAGAGGAUAGUUGGGGGAGUUCUGGUGGGCACGGGCCUGUGGGUCUCCAUAAUAAUGAUCAUGAGGAACGUCCUGAAGUCCCUGCUGUCGUGGCACGGCUGGAUGCAGACCCGCCACGGUUCCGUGUCCUGGUCCACUCGUCUGUGGAUGUUACUUGUGAAGAUAUUUUCUGGCCGGAAGCCAAUGCUGUACAGUUUCCAGAACUCCCUGCCCCGGCUGCCCGUCCCCUCUGUCCGGGACACCUGCAAACGGUACCUGGAGUCUGUCCGUCCACUUAUGGACGACAAGCAGUUUGAAAGGAUGAAGGGCUUGGCUGAAGACUUUGAGAAGAAUCUGGGACCCAGGGUCCAGUGGUACCUCAAACUGAAGUCCUGGUGGGCAUCCAACUAUGUUAGUGACUGGUGGGAAGAGUAUAUUUACUUGAGAGGUCGUGGACCCAUCAUGGACUUUCUUUACGUGUUCCCCACGCACAUCCAGGCCGCCCGGGCAGGUAACGCCAUCCAUGCCAUCAUGCUCUACAGGAGAAAACUGGACAGAGCUCAGAUCAAGCCUAUUUACUUGCUGACGAACAAGGUCCCUCUGUGCUCUGCUCAGUGGGAGCGAAUGUUUAACACCUCCCGCGUCCCUGGUCUCAUGCUCCUACACACUAUUCCCAUGUGCUCUUCCCAAUACGAGCGCAUGUUCAACACAAGUCGUGUCCCAGGUGUAGACACAGAUACACUUCAGCACAUGAACGAGAGCAAACACAUCGUCGUGUACCAUAAGGGCCGCUUCUUCAAGGUGUGGAUGUUUUAUGAUGGCCGUCUGCUGCUGCCCCGGGAGAUAGAGCAGCAGAUGGAGAGGAUCCUCGCCGAUAAGUCGGAGCCUCUUCCGGGAGAGGAGAAACUGGCAGCGCUCACUGCCGGGGACAGGACUCCCUGGGCGAAGGCCCGUGACGCCUACUUCGGCCGUGGUAAGAACAAGCAGUCUCUGGACGCCAUCGAGAAGGCCGCCUUCUUUGUGAGUCUCGACGACACCGAGCAGCGCUACGAUCUGGACAACAAAAUCCAGUCUUUGGACCGUUAUGCCAAAUCCCUCCUCCACGGACAGUGGUACGAUAAAUCCUUCAAUCUGAUCGUUUAUAAGAACGGCACCAUGGGCCUGAAUGCGGAGCACUCGUGGGCCGAUGCUCCGAUCAUUGGCCACCUGUGGGAGCAUGUUCUCUCCAUGGAUCCCAUUAAGCUGGGAUAUUCUGAGGAUGGCCACUGUCGUGGGGAGCUUCAUCCCAGCAUGCCGGGUCCCCAGAGGCUGCAGUGGGACAUCCCAGCCGAGUGCCAGGAAACCAUUGAGCACUCGCUGACCGUUGCCAAGAGUCUAGCCGACGAUGUGGACUGCCACAUCAUUCCCUUCGACGAGUUUGGCAAAGGCCUGAUUAAGAAGUGCCGCACGAGUCCCGACGCCUUCAUCCAAAUCGCUCUGCAGCUGGCUCACUACAGAGACAAAGGGAAGUUCUGCCUGACAUACGAAGCCUCCAUGACCCGCCUGUUCCGCGAGGGCCGGACAGAAACCGUGCGCUCCUGCACCGUGGAGUCAUGUGACUUUGUGCGCUCCAUGAUCAGAGACGAGACGACAGAAGAGCGCCUGAGGCUGCUCAAAGUGGCCGCCGCGAAGCACCAAAACAUGUACCGCCUGGCCAUGACGGGGCAGGGCAUCGAUCGCCACCUCUUCUGUCUCUACGUCAUCUCCAAAUACCUCGGAGAGGAUUCGCCGUUCCUGAAGGAGGUCCUGUCAGAGCCGUGGAGGCUGUCCACCAGUCAGACCCCUCUCCAGCAGGUCGAGCUGUUUGACCUGGUCAAGCACCCAGAAUAUGUGUCCGCUGGAGGUGGAUUCGGCCCAGUGGCUGACGACGGUUAUGGCGUCUCUUACAUCAUCGUUGGUGAAGAUCUCAUCAACUUCCACAUCUCCAGCAAACACUCAAGUCCAGAAACGGACUCUCAUCGUUUCGGCAGCAACAUCAGACAGGCCAUGCUGGACAUGCUGGACCUCUUCCAGCUCGACAAGAAAGCCACAAAGUGA